AUGGGAAAAGGUCAUGGCGACUGGGUGUGCCCUGUUCUAACGUGCUCAAAUCUCAAUUUUUCAAAACGCGAUUCUUGCAAUCGCUGUGGAUUCAAUCGUUCGCAAGGUGGCGGCGCGGAUGCACCCCUUUUUAGACAUCGCAAGUACAACGACUGGCUUUGCGAACAUUGUGGUAACGCAAACUGGUCCCGUAGAAGACAGUGUAACAUUUGCAGGCAAGACAGGCCGGGUUGUAACAGCGACGGCCCGGUGCAGUGUGCCACAUAA